AUGAAAUUAUCGAGCACUGCUCUAAAGUCAGCAUAUAGCAAACGCAAGUCAAAUACUUUAGUAAAUAGUAUUUCAAAAGGAAGCAUCAGAAGUGUGUCAGAAUCGUUUUCGGAGCUAAGCCUGCCCAUGCCAAAUAUUUUGCCGGAAAAACAAGAACUUUGGGAUAUAUUUUCGCUUUCUCCUUCUUACCAAGAAAAAGUUGAAAGAUAUAAAUUAAACGCCAAUGAAGCUGAAAUUAGUUUCGAUAAUUACCAGAACGUAGUUCUGAAAUUGAGACAUUAUCAUGAAGAUGUUAGAGCACGGAAAACCGAUUUAAUACUGGCAAAGAUUAUGCCUACAUUUAUGAAAAAAGGCGAAUUCGACAGCGAAGGUAAUUUAUUGACAACUACUGAAGAAUUGUGCAAAGAACGAUUUAUUGAAGCUGAAGAAGAUUUUUUGCAGCAAAAGGAUGUAGUACAAAAAGAAAAAAGAAUAUAUGAUAGAUAUUUUGCAAAUCAAAAAAAUAUUGUCGACGAAAUUGAGGAAGAAUUUGAUAAAUUUUGUAAUAAAAAUUAUAAAGCUCCGUCUCCAACUCCAGAAUUUGAAGAUAGCGGAUCGAUAUCUGACGUCAAGCUAGAAGAAAAACCAGCAAAAACAACUUUGGAGCAAGAAGUAAGAGGAAAAAUCCCGUCAAUCCCGAGUGCAAAGAUAGUAACUGACUUACAAAAACUAAUGAACUAUGAGCGAAAGAAGAGACAAACAUUAUUAGCAAAAAAGAAAGCUGAAUGGAAGAAUUUUUAAUAAAACCUAUCUAUAUUUUUU